AAUCCUGCUGUUAGUAUAGAAGUGAACUGCAUCGAUCUACUACAAAUAGAAGGAUAUAAUUUGAUAGCUGCUGGAACCUUAAAUGGUGUGAUCAUCUUAUGGAAUUUUGUAACAUUAACUGUCAGAGAAGUGUAUAGACCAGACGAUUGCUUCACUGUAGACCCUGACUUGGACCCUACACGCUUUAGAAUUAAUGACAUACUAUUUCUCUUUCGUAAUCCUGAAUGUGUAAGGAAAUCAAGUCAGGAUUCUGUAUGUUCUUCAUCCCAAUGUGAUUCUAGCAAGGGUCCACAGAGUAGCAAGGGAAGCAAACAGAGCAUACAUGAGAGUGAGAUUAAAGGUGAGCAAACAGAUGCCGUGAGAGAGCCAGUGGACAAAAAACAUCCUGGAGGCACCAAUGUAACAGAUACUCAACCACCACCUAUCCUUGUCACUGCACAUGAGGAUGGACAUCUCCGCUUGUGGACUAUGGAGGGAAGACUACUGAAAGAUAUUCUACCUUUCACAAAACAUGCUGCCAUUUCUCUGACAUCGCUGUUCACUGAUUCAUGUGCAAGAAUACUACUGACUGGAAAUAUGGAAGGACACGCUAUCCUUUGUAGUAUCAGUUCCUUCUUGGAAUCACCUCAUGAUGAAAAGAAAUUCAAGCAGCUUCUUGCCUGGCGUGCUCAUUCAUUAGAAAUUGUUCAAAUAAUCUAUGUAGAAGAGAAACAAGUGGUACUUACUGCCUCCAUCGAUGGCUCAGUAAGGCUCUGGCAUGCCCUCAAUGGUCAUUACUGUGGAUAUUUUGGACAGCGAAGGACCUUUGAAUUAUCACAGACAAGAGAUUUUAUUUUGCCUUGUGAUGUUACUGAAUAUCCCAUAGAAAUAAAAGAAGAAAGCAAAUUCACAGAGAAAAAGCUAACAUAUGAAUAUCCUCUGGUAUUUGACCGGCAAAGGUGGCAAAAAAUGAGCUCGAUGUCUUUGCUCUUCAAACGUACCCCUCCAAAGGCCUUUGAAGUGGAACACAAUUUCAAGUUUUUCAAGUCUCUUUCUUCUCCUAAGAUUCGAAGACAUGCCUUGGAAGGUUUCAUGACUGAAAACAGAGAGGCAGGGAUUGUUUUUGGUUCUCUGCCCAUAUACAGGGUACCAAGCCCCACUAGUCUAAGAUUCCUUCCACUAAUUGGUUCAGAAGCACAAAAGGAAUCUUCAGAUGGCAUUCAAGGAAAGAAGAAGGGAGGCCAUGUUCAACAUGAAAAAGUACAACGAAAGAAAAGUCUGAAAAGAAAUUUGGUCCCGCAAGUAAACCUAGCUUCUUCUUUCUUCCCAGUCAUCCCCAAGUGAAAAGAGAAAAAUCAGAAGUGGCUGCUGUUAUCUGAGCUGUAUACCAAAGGACAAGGACUCAGUUAUACUCCAGUCUUUAUUUCAGGAUGAAAGUGAGGGUCUAUCAAUCAGAUAUUGUUAUCCAUCUCUGUAUCCUCACGCCAUCCUGUCUGUGGGGAAAAUUACUCAGGGUGCUCACAUGUCCUCAUCUCUAAAUAUCAAGCAAGUAGCAAGCAGCCAGUUUGCCAACGUUUUUCCUUCAUGGAAAUCACUUAUUGAAUAGGAAAUAUUUCUCAUUCACUGUUAGGAAAAUGACACAUAAAGAAAAAAAGAAAAUAAACAGCAUAAAUUAA